CUCUACUUAGAGUCGGGGGUGAGCACAACCUCCGCCAAUCCACGCGCAACCUCCGCGCUAACCACACGUGCGCUACUUGACCUACUCUCGAACGAACGCGAUGCCCAUGGCGGCGAUACACGGUUACCAGAAUCACGGUGUUAAUCAGAAACUGACGCAGUUGCAACCUGCGAGGAACCUGCGGCUCGCACCUGCCCCAGACCCCGGGCGCUGCAAGAAGCGCACCUACCUCCAGUCCUACCCGUCGCAACCUGCUUCGGUUGCCAGAAGAAACGCAAGAGAAAGAAACAGAGUGAAACAAGUCAACAAUGGAUUUGCUGCGCUCAGGCAGCACAUUCCAUCAGCUGUUUCUGCCGCCUUAGCAGGUGGUAGAGGAUCUUCGCGGAAGUUAAGCAAAGUUGAUACGUUGCGGUUAGCUGUAGAAUAUAUAAAGAGCUUAAAAAGAUUACUUGAAGACGGCGAAGAGGGAUGUUCGGAGUCGCAAUUAGGUCUGGGAUUAAAUACAAGUGGACCUCAAACGCCCCCGUCAUCUGAAGAAUCUCAUUCACCGGCACCUUCCUUAUUAUCUGACGGCUCAGCUGGACCGAACUGUCACGAAACAUAUGAUUCCUACGAGCCGAUGAGUCCUGAGGAUGAAGAACUGUUAGACGUCAUAUCUUGGUGGCAACAACAGUGAGAAAGGUACUUGCACAAGAAGAUGAGGGUAUUAGACCACUUAUUGGUUGUUGAAAAACGAGAAUCCUUUCGCAGAGGCCGAUAGUUUGAAACGCGACGCUCUCCGAGAUAACCUCUAAUUAAGCGCAAUCAGAGUUUUCCUAAUGAGAGUGGAUAAUGGUAGAGUGAAACAAUCCCAUCGAAGAAUUCCUCCGAGCGAACGACUGACUAAACAUCUGACAUUUCAUACGCGAAUGGAAUGACAGAAGACUGAAGUCUAAAUUGACUGAAACGUAAUAUUUUGUUCUGCAAAAGCAUUUAGUUUAAUUGUUGAAGACUUUAUAACGCUGUGCCUUAAAUAGCCUUAGAUUAGCUUCCAGAUUGUAGUUAGUAAGUUGAUUAUAAAUAGUUAUGUUUUCAAUAAUCUAUCUAGUCAUUAAUAUUAAGAAGUUUUAUUGUAAAUACUUGCGGCAUACAAUUGAAUCUGUUAAAUAUAUUAUUAAAAGUCUUUUGGCUUCGAUAGCAGCGUUUAGAUUAAGUUGAGAAUUAAUGUCACAGUUAAUUGUGAUUAUGUAAAUAUUAGCACCUAAGGCAGAUUCCUAAUAUUUUAAGUUUUUUCAAAACUUAAGAAAGCAUAUGAAAAUGCUUUGUUAAUAAAUAUAUUGAAUAUA